GUCCUGAAAGUGAUACAUAAAGUAUCCUGAACAUUGUUUAAAGAACAGUUUUUGUAUUUACUCAAGGCUGUGGCAACAUGUAAAAUAAUAUUUAUUAUAAUAACAAGACUGUAUUCCGUAGUCAGUGGAUGACACGUAAGUAAAGUAAUCAAAGCACCCAGAAUAGGUAUAUAAAGACUGUGUUCCCCUUUUCCAAGACAUCCUGCUACCUGCUACUGCAAGUGCAACCUCAUCUGAUCAUCACAACAAGAGAUGGCUUCAGCUCUUCAUUUCAUUGUGCUCCUCUGUGGACUGUGGAUCGGAGCAGAUGUACUGCAACCAGUCGAGGCAAAGUGUAAGAAACAAACAGCUGAGUGCUGUGAGACUGCCACCUGCCCUCCUGGUUGGACUCAGUUUAAUCUCCGCUGUUACCUGUUCAAUAAGGAUGAAAAGGACUGGGCUGAUGCAGAGCGUUUAUGCAAUUCUUUUGAUGGGAAUCUGGCUUCUCUGCGUACCCAAAGCGAGUACACCUUCAUCCGAGACCUGAUUUACAAAGUGACUAACUCACAUAAAACCACUUGGGUUGGAGCCUCUGAUAAAGUGAAGGAGGGUGUGUGGCUGUGGAGUGACGGUUCAAACUUUGUCUUUAAUGGCUGGGCUAAUGGAGAGCCUAACAACUACAAUGGAGGAGAAGGUUGUAUGGAGAUAAACCUUGGAGGAAAAGAUUUUGUCAAUGAUGGAAAGUGUACCCGGAAGAACUCCUUCGUCUGUGCCAAGGACCUGUAACAAUCACACACAUCUGCCAUGAAGGAUGUCACACCCCCACUGAUGAUGUCACUUCCACCAGGGUGUAAAGCCUCGAUUACAUCACUGCUGGAAGUUAUAUUGACAAAUCUGAUUUAAUUUACCUUUAAUCAAUAAACACAUAUAUCCUGCUCGGCAA